AUGUCUGGAAAACGGCAAACAGUAUUGCCCUUGAAAUUACCUUGGUCGAAUGUACAGGGCUCUAGGCUUGUAGCUGGGUCCUGUCAGGUCGGUGAAAUUACUGGCAAAGCUGAUCGCCAGGGUAAAGAUACGCAGCAAACUACGGUCACCCCAAACAAACCAGGUACAGCGCAUGUUGCAAUCAACACUUCCAUAACCGCAGAAAGCCUUGGUGUCCACCGAAGUCUAUCGCAGAAAAAAAUCUCAGCCGAAAAGUAUCACAGGCUUUACACGAUCGACCAAGCUGGACCCGGGAUUGUGGCAUUGAAAGACAGUGAAAAUCUUCCCAUCUAUCUGAUCAAAGAUGGCAACGGAACCAAUACGAACAUUACACAGCAGAUUACGUUUGCCAGUCACAGGAAUAUUGUGUCAUUGAUCAGCGAGUUUUCGUAUCAGGGAGUUCAACAGCAAGUCUACCAGUACGAACACAUGGCUGUCAGCAUGGGAUGUGUUGCCGGAUCGGUUAAUUUCAGCCAAGCCGACGUUGCGACUGUUUGUAGAGAAGUUCUGCAAGGUCUUCGAUAUAUUCAUGCCGUAUUGAAGGUCUCUUACGGACUCGUGGACCUUGGAAAUAUCUUGCUCACCUGGCAAGGCGAGAUUAAACUCGGUAAGAAGGCCAUGGGAGGGGUGACCUUGGGCCCUUGCUCACCCAGUCACUGA